AUGACAACACCAACAGAUAUUAACACUAAUUUGAGCACUGUUACCGUGCAAGAAUUAUUAGAUUACACAGAAUUUACAAACGGUUUGGUCGACAAACUAGCAGGUAAACUUGCUAAACUUAAUGGUGAUAAUAUUGAUGUAGCGCAAUUUUCAACUAAAUUAGCAAGCAAGUUUGCUACAGCUGAGCAAUUAGCUAAGAAGGCUGAUAAGACUGCUUUAGAUGAGUUUGCUAAACUUGAUGGUACAAAUGCCACUGAUACUGGAGUAGCUGCUAUGUUAGGUAAGUUGGCAGACAAAGUUGUUACGACUAAGGAACUUACAGCAGAAACAGCUAAACUUGCUAACAAAGAUGGUAGUGAUAUUAAUGUAGAUUCUAUUUCAACUAAAUUAGCAAGUAAAUUUGCUACAGCUGAACAAUUAAACACUAAGGCUAACACAAUUGGUGAUAAUAUUGAUGUAGAGCAGUUUUCAACUAAACUAGCAAGCAAGCUUGCUACAGCUGAACAAUUAAACACUAAGGCCAACACAAUUGGUGAUAAUAUUGAUGUAGCGCAAUUUUCAAACAAGCUAACAACUGCUAGUGAUAGUACAAUCAAAACUGCUUUAGAAGGUAAGGCUAACACAAGUGAUUUGGCUAAUAAAGUUGACAAGAAUGACACAACUACAUUUGUUAAACUUGAUGGUGCAAAUAUAGCAGAUCAUACAGAUGCAGGAAAAGCAUUAGUAGAUGCAAUACUUGCUGUGAAAGCUGCAAAUAGUGAUGAUAAAACGAAUAAUAAAACGCUUAUUCAAAUUCUAUUAGAUGAAAAAUUGGCACUCAAGGCUGACAAAACUGAUUUAGAUGGGUUUGCUAGACUUGAUGGUACAAAUGCAGAUCAAGGAGCAAAAUUGCUAAAAGCAAUUCUUAAUGUUAAGAGCAGUGAUGACCCUAAAAAAACAAUUCUUGAAGAAAGGUUAGCUAAAACUGGUGCUGUUGAUGUAGGUCAGUUUGUUAAAAUUGAUGGUACAAAUGCAGUAAGCCAUUCAGAUAACGGAGUGGGAUUGGCAAAAGCAAUAUUUAAUGUGAAGGAUAAUAGUUCUGGUGAAACAAUUCUUGUAAGUGAAUUAGCAGAUAAGUUUGCUGCAGCUGGUAGUACAAGUGGAGGAAGACCAACAGUAGAGAUUGACUCAACCGAUACACUUCCAGAUGCUUGGGCAAAUUUGAUAUAG